CUUAAGACAUGAGUAUAUAAGCGAGAUCUUGUUGAGUUAAUCAAAUACGGGCAUAUGUCAAUGUUAAUGAAACCAACAUGGAUUUGACUAUAGCAAAAAACGCUAAAAUUCAUACAAGAGGACAUUACAAAGUAACUGGACUAGACAACCCUGGACUAGACAUUGAUGCAAAGACAGGGGAUCAGAACAACACAGAGCCCAUUGCGAAUGGCGAGAAACCAAAGGUUGAAAUAGAGAUAGAUGAAGAAGAAAGGUUUAUUUAUGACGUGUUUGACAAUCCGCCGAUACCUUUAACAUUUGGCUUUGCUAUUCAGCAUGGUCUUCUUUCGUUGUCAAGGAGUUUGUCAACAUCAUUAUUGGUGGCAGACAUUUUGUGUGCGCGCGCAGAUGAAGCACUCAAAGCCAAACUUCUCAGUACGACAAUGUUCAUGUCUGGUUUAUGCACAUUCCUCCAGAACACCAUUGGCAUACGAUUACCACUUUACCAAGGUCCUACCGCAACAUACGUGACACCUUUAAUCGCGCUCAUGGCACUUCCGGCAUGGAGCUGUGUAGAAGAUGGCGACAAUGCAGGAGCGGUAAAUGGUACAACAAAUGGGACAGUAGUAGAGGCGAUUUCAACACUGACUAAAAUCCAGAGGCUCGAAGGAAGUCUAAUGAUAGCAGGCGCUCUUCACAUGUUUGUCGGCAUGUUUGGAAUUGUGGGUCUUCUUCUCAGAUUCAUCGGACCAAUCACAGUGGUUCCCGCGCUUACACUCAUGGCGCUCUAUGUUUUCAGUGCAACCGUGAGAUUUGCAAAAGCACAGUGGGGAAUAGCAGCCUUGACUGUUGCAGUGGCUCUUAUACUCUCGUUUUAUCUCGCAAAAAGACGUACGCCCAUCCCAUGGUACAACCGGUCACGUGGUUUCCAUAUCAAAUGGUCGCAGUUCCACAAAAUGUUCUCGAUCCUGAUAGCAACUAUAGUUGGUUGGGUCGUGAGUUGGAUUAUAACAGAGGCUGGUGGGUUCGACAUGUCUCCGGACAGUGAUGACUUCUAUGCCAGGACUGACUCUCGCACGUUUAUCAUCGAUGAUACAAAAUGGUUCAUAUUCCCGUAUCCAGGACAAUUCGGUCACCCAAGAUAUGAAACUGGUGCUUUUAUAACAUUCCUUAUUGGAACGCUCGGUUCCAUCAUUGACUCAAUUGGCGAUUACUACGCAUGCGUGAAAGUCAUUGAAGCCCCGCCUCCGCCGAGACACGCUGUCAACCGUGGUAUUGCUGUUGAAGGUUUCAUGAGUUUUAUCGCAGGCUGGGCAGGAGCCGGACACGCCACUUCAACUUUCGGUGGCAACAUUGGAGCAAUUGGAAUAACAAAGGUUGCAAGUUUGCGAGUGUUUCAAUUACUGGGCCUUUUGUUUAUGGUACUUGGCGUCAUCGGUAAAGUUGGUGCGUUUUUCGUCACCAUUCCGUACUCUGUUAUUGGUGGACUUCAAGUGAUUAACUUCGGCGUGUUAGCUGGAGUCAUGUUGUCCAAUCUUCAGUUUAUUGACCUUAAUUCUAAACGAAACCUCUCCGUCAUUGGAAUAUCAAUGUUGAUUGCAAUGAUGUUGCAGCAUUGGAUAAAGACCACAAAGGAUGCCAUUGAGACAGGUAUUGAAGACCUUGACAAUACAAUCACAAUGUUGCUAGGCAACCCAGUAUUCAUGGCAGGAGUUCUAGCAUGUUUCUUUGACAACACCAUGCCGG